AUGAUGCUUGCAGGUUUCUUUCUGCUCCUCCUCACAGUAGAAGGGGCGUCCUCUGAGGAUAACUGCAGUUACCAGUAUCUUUUAAACCACCUGAACCUGAGUUUAUCCAAUAAAAAUGAUCUGUACUCCAUGUCGCGGCCUGUUAAAAACUACAAUACGACUACAAUUGUACAGCUGCAAAUGGUAAUCUCUGCCAUCCUAGAUAUGAGAGAGAGUGACCAGACUUUCAUUUCUAACGUUUGGAUUUUUGUGGAGUGGGAGAAUGAACACAUUAGAUGGGACAAAGAUGACUUUUGUGGAAUUGACCGUAUAGUGGUUCCUGCUGAUAUUUUCUGGAAGCCAGAUGUCACCAUUCAAGAGAUGUCAGAAACAUACAAGGCCUUUCAAAGUCCUUAUCUCACCAUUUACCCUGAAGGUCAAGUUUCAUCUUGGAACCCUCAGGUGCUAGUCAGCGCCUGCAAGAUGCAAGUCCACAAAUUCCCCUUUGACGUGCAGAGCUGUAACAUAUCGUUCAGGUCUAUCAUUCACACUGGUGGGGAACUGAAACUUAAAGCCGUCGUUACCUCUGAAGAGGCCACAGAGUGGUCUCGUGAAGUGAUGAAGACCCAAUAUGAGUGGCUUUUUAUCAACAUAACAACCACCGAGACAAUUUUGGACCACUUUGGCCUCGACCAAAGCAUGAUCGUUUACACUGUCACAAUGAGGAGGCGAUCAGUCCUCUACAUUAUCAACUUCUUGCUGCCUAUCCUGUUCUUCUUGUGUCUGGACUUUGCCUCCUUCCUGAUCUCAGACAAUGGGGGUGAGAAGCUGAGCUUCAAGAUCACUGUGCUGCUCGCUGUCACUGUGAUGCAGAUUAUUCUCAAUGAAGUUCUGCCUUCCUCAUCAAAUAGGGCUCCACUUAUAGCGAUCUACUGCAUUGGAGUCUUUGGUUUGAUGCUGCUCAGCCUCCUGGAGACCAUUGUUGUGAUGUAUCUGAUGAAGAAAGACUCUGAAUCCCAAGACAACGAGGUAGACAGAGACCGAAGCCUGAGUGAGGACUUUGAGGACAAGCAUGGCGAAACGAAAUUCAACUGUAAUGGAGUCUGUGGGGCCCUCGGAUGGUCAGGGAGGGCGUUCCACAGCCUUGGGGCUGCAGAGGAAAAGGCCCGAUCACCCAUGGUGCGGAGCUUGGUUCUGGGGGCUUGGAGGGUGUUUAUGUUUAUGUUUUCAGAACGGAGGGUGCGUGAGGAGAUCUGGGGGGAUCCUGGCAGUGCUGUUCUGGAUGUACUGCAGUCUCUGGAUGCUCUUGCCAGAGAUCACGAUGAGGAGUGCAUUACAGUAGUCCAUUCUGGAGGAGACAAAGGCGUGGACAAGCUUCUCUGCAUCUGCCAGGGUGAGUGUUGGACGGAGUUUGGCGAUGUUCCUGAGGUGGUAGAAAGAUUUUUUACAGAGGUGUUUGAUGUGGGUAUCAAAGAUGGGAUAUGGCCGGCCAGGAGGGAGUGGUUUAUGAUCUUGGUGAUGAAUGGAGAAAUGGCAGAGAUGUUGGCCUUCAGCAGGGCUGAAGGGAAAGGGUCCAGGGCACAGGUGGACGGCUUCAAUUUUGUGAUGAUGUCCUCCACCUCUUCCUGUGUGACAUCGGAGAAGGAGCAGAGAGGCUUGGAGGGGAAGAAGAAAUGGACUCUUAAAUGCUUCUCUGAUGCGUCUGCGGAUAAAACUCCAUCUGAACUGCUGAAGGGUAGCAGCAGCCAACUGACGGAGGAGACACAUGGCGCUGAAAAGCUCUCAGAUGAUCUAAGGGAGGUGAUGAAAACACUGGCUCUGCUCCUUCACAGAAAGAAGGAAGACGUGAAGCCCGGCUACUGGACCACAAAGACUAAGACAAUCAACAAAGUUUUCUUCAUUUUCUACUUGAUAGUUUCCUGUGUGUUUUUAGUCAUUUUGUUUUCCGGAUGCAAGAGUAAAUCAGAACAGAGUGGGCUCAUGUGGAGGUUGGCCUUAAAGAGACAGUAA